AUGUCUUUAACCGACGCAGAAUUAGCUCUCGACUCUGUUGACAUCAACGAAAGAUGGAACAACUUCAAGGAAAAACACUCGAGAAACUUUGAAACACCCGAAGAAGAGGCCAAAAGGUUCCAGAUAUUCCAAGAUACCCUUAAGGAGGUCCAAGAGCACAACGCCAAGUUCAAGGCUGGUCAAGAAUCGUACAGCAAAGCUCUGAACAGUUUUGCUGACCGUACCCCCGACGAAUUACCCAAACGUGGAUUGAUGUGUAAACGUUAA